AUACACUUCCUUCCUGAAUUUGAGGCUUCAUGCGCGUGCUGCAGAAUUGACGGUGACAAUGUAUGGAAGGAUGGCUGCCAUUGGGUAGCAGAUCUGCUGAUCCCAGCUAUCCGAAACCUGACAUUCGAUUGGACCUUGUGCUGCAGUAGCUUAAAUUAGGACUCUGAAGUUGGCUUGAGAGACACGAAGACAGAGAGAGUGACAGAAAGACAGAGAAAGGCAAACAAAGCCACAAAGAGAGACAUUGAGACAGUCCGAGAGAGGAAGAUAGAUAGACAUAGAGAAAGAGAGGGGCAGAGAGAGAGAGCGAGAGAGGCGGGGCGUGAGGGGAUGCCCUCAGGAAAGUAAUGUAAUGCAGGAUGCUCUCCUGUCGUGUCUUCUGUAUCAGUGUCUCACCUACUGUACUGUGGUCCAGACCGUAGCAGAGAAACGACAUGGCCUCACAAUGGCUGUCAGGAAGAACCUCCAAGGACAUCACCAACCUGAUGCAAAAACUGCAAGAUGAGCAAGAAGCUGUUCAGAAAAGGACCUUUACAAAAUGGAUCAAUUCCCACCUGGCAAAGCAUAAACCACCUCUAGAGGUAACUGACCUUUUUGAGGACAUCAAAGAUGGGGUGAAACUGUUGGCUCUGUUAGAGGUGCUAUCUGGACAGAGACUACCAUGUGAGCAGGGCCGUCAGCUGAAACGGAUUCAUUGGGUGUCCAAUAUCGGCACCGCUCUCAAGUUCCUCGAAGGCAGGAAGUCUGUGUACCGUGGAUCCCCGAUUAAGCUCGUCAACAUCCAUGCUACUGACAUCGCCGACGGUCGUCCUUCCAUUGUGCUUGGAUUAAUAUGGACCAUCAUCCUCUACUUCCAGAUCGAGGAGUUGACCAGUAACCUGCCGGCCCUUGCGGCUAUGUCCAGCAGUACCUCCUCAGUGGACAGCAUGGCCAGUAACUCGGAAACAGGCAGUCCCCCUAUGAAGAGGAAGGUAGCACCCAAGGCGUUCCAGGGCAAUGCCAAAAAGGCCCUACUUAAAUGGGUGCAGUGCGCCACUGCCAAGCGUCUAGGCAUCGAGGUGAAGGACUUUGGUGCCAGCUGGCGGACUGGAGUGGCGUUCCACGCAGUCAUCCAUGCCAUCCGCCCAGACCUGGUGGACAUGGAGGUGGUGAGGAGGAGGGGCAACAGGGAGAACCUGGAAGAAGCAUUCUCAUUGGCUGAGAACGACCUGGGCAUCCCACGCCUGUUGGAUCCAGAAGAUGUGGAUGUAGAUAAACCCGAUGAGAAGUCCAUCAUGACAUAUGUUGCUCAAUUCCUCAAGCACUAUCCUAACCCUCACCAAUCAGAGACAGAUGGCCAAGGAGAUGAGUAUGGUCCUCAAGAUAUAGAGCGAAUGCUUGAGAGAGAGGAGCGUAAGGUUCUGAGAGAACUGAAGGUUUGGCUGGAUCAACUGGAGAAGGACGUGCUGCGAGUCCAGGGGGCUGAGGGAAACCUGACAGACAAGUACCAGGGUUUCAAGAGUUUUCGUGUGCAGUAUGAGAUGAAGAAGAAGCAGACAGAGCCUCUCUUACAGCCGGUGCACAGGGAUGGGAAGCUUUCAGUGGACCAGGCCCUGGUCAAACAGGCGUGGGAGCGCGUCUCUGUGAGGCUCCUAGACUGGCACAUCCACCUGGAUAAGUCAUUACCCAGCCCACUGGGAGUGAUUGGAGCUUGGUUGCAUCGAGCUGAGAUCGCCCUGAGAGAGGAGAUUCCCAUCCAACAAGCCCAUGAAGAGACAGCCAAUGUGAUCCACAGGAAGCUGGAGCAGCACAAGGAGGUUUUGAAGAACUUGGAAUCUCACAAGCAGACGUUCCAGCAGAUUCACAGAGACAGAUCUGUGAAUGGGGUCCCUGUUCCCCCUGAACAGCUCCUAGACAUGGCAGAGCGGUUCAACUAUGUGUCCACCUCAUCUCAUGCCCACCUGAUCAAACUGGAAUUCUGGGAGAUGAAAUACCGUCUGAUGGCGUUUCUUAUCUUGGCUGAGUCCAAACUCAAGUCCUGGAUCAUCAAAUAUGGCCGCCGUGACUCUGUGGAACUACUACUGCAGAGCUACAUUUCCUUUAUAGAGGGACACAAGUUUUUUGAACAGUAUGAGACAACGUUUAAGGCCCUCAGGCAGGCUGCAGAUACAUACAUCAAGUCUGAUGGUUCAGGCAUUAAGAUCCGUAAUAAAGCUGAGGAAGUGGAGAGUGUGGGAAAGUUCCUUACGGACGCGUCGGCCCAGUGGAGGAACCUAUCAGUGGAGGUGCGAAGCGUCAGAAGCAUGCUGGAGGAGGUCAUCUCCAACUGGGAGAAGUACAGCAGCACGGUGGCCGGACUUCAAGCCUGGCUGGAGGACGCAGAGCAGAUGCUGAACCAGUCAGAGAACGAAAAGCGAGACUUCUACCGGAACCUUCCUCACUGGAUCCAGCAGCACAUGGACAUGAACGAUGCAGGAAACUUCCUGAUUGAGACGUGCGACGAGACCGUCUCCAGAGACCUAAAGCAGCAGCUGCUCCUCCUCAAUGGGAGAUGGAGGGAGCUGUUCGUUAAAGUCAAACAUUAUGCUAGAGCAGAUGAAGUGGACAAGUUGAAGCAGGACUACCAGGAUGGUAUUGCUACUCUCAAAACCUUCAUGGAUGCAACCAACAACAAGAUGUCUGCCCCUGUCCAAGUGUCCUUCCUGAAUGUCAGGACAUUCGUUCAAGAUGUGGAGGACAUAAAGCACAAAGUGCCGGCCAUGGAGGCAGCGUGUAAAACAGCCAGCCGCACCGCCCAGUUGCUGACCAAAGACACUGACCCAGAGGAUGUCUCCAAGAUGCUAGCUGUCAUGGUCUCUAUUAAGGAGGAGAUGAGCCAGAUAAGGGAGAGAUGUCUGCCGCUACUGCGGGAGGCCCAAUCACUUCUUCCCCCUCUAGAGGAGAUGGAGAAAAACAUCACAGGGUUCUACCAGGCUCUGGAGAAGGCCAGCCAGAUCACCUGCUCCAGGGACUCAGAAACCCCCGGGGACUUCAAAAAGAAAUGCCAGGAGCUGGUGACCUACACACAGAGCUGUAAGAAGUGCCUGACUGUGAUUGAGAAGAACCACCAGUGCAUCCAGAGAACGCUGGACAACAGUAAGACCCUCCAGCACCUGGACAUGGCCCUGCUGCAGAAGAGAGUCUCUGACCUGCAGGUCUCUUCUCAGGCCAUGAUCAGAGAGUCCACUGAGUGGAGAAAACAUGUAGAGGCCAACAGCAGCUUAAUGAAGAGGUUUGAUGAGUCCCGCCUCGAGCUGGAGAAGGUGCUCAAGAUGGCUCAGGCUUCUCUGAAUGAAAGAGGCAACCCAGAAGACCUGCUAAAGAAACACACGGAGUUCUUUGGGCAGCUGGACCAGCGGGUCCUCAAUACGUUCCUGAAGGCCUGUGAUGAGCUGACAGACAUACUGCCAGAACCAGAGCAGCAGAGUCUGCAGGAGACAGUCAGAAAACUGCACAAACACUGGAAGGAUGUCCAGACAGAUGCACCUUUUCAUCUAUUAAACCUGAAGGUAGAGGUGGAAAGGAGCAAGCUCAUGGUCUCCAUGCAGGAGUGUCAGUCAGAGCUGACCAGGGAGAACCGACAACUGGCUGGCAUGGGGAGCGAGAGACUGAUCAAAGAACACCGGGCCUUCUUCAGAGAGAAAGGUCCACAGUCUCUUUGUGAGAAGAGAAUACAGCUCAUGGAGGAACUGUGUCAGAAGCUUCCGGAAGGCGACCCAGGUCAGCAGACCCUGGAAUCAUCCAAGAAGGCCUUCACAGAGCUCCAGGAGGAGAUAGAGAGCACUCAUCACAAACUGAUGCAGCAUCCUGAUAAGUGGAAGGAGUUUAGCACAAGGUUCACUGAGCUGUCAGCCUGGCUGUCGUCCAAAGAGAGUCAACUCAGACUGCUGAGGAACCGAGCCAGCGACCCCAGCAAGUAUGGACAGGUCAAGGCCACCAUCACGGAGCUGAGAAAUGAUGCAGAACUGCAGGAGGGUAACCUGAGUUGGCUGAAGACUCGUCUGGCUGUGCUGAUAGAGAUCUGCUCGGAGACAGAUGCCGAGAGGCAGGCUGGUGCCCUGAAUAAGCUUUCCACCAACUUCAAGGGCCUCCUCUCCUAUCUAACUGAGUCUGAGAAGGUGGUGCUGGCGGUGGGGGACUGUGUGCAGUUCAGGGAGGAGGUGCGUGCGACGCUGGAUGAACUGAUGCAGGGUCAGCAGGAGGUUACCCAGGAGGUCACCAGGAUACUGGACUCUGCCACCGUCAUAGAGGCCCAGCAGCUGCUUCAGGUUCACCAGCAACAGCUGAAGCGUCUGCGUAUGAAGAGGAAGGAUGUGCAACAGCAGGUCACCAGGGGCCGGCAGCUACAGGAUGAAGAGGGGCUGGGGGAGACCUUACAGCAGGACCUGCAGAGUCUGGAAACAACACUCAGCAAGAUGGACCACACCAUGGACUCGCAAGAACAGGAGUUAGAGGUGACCCUGUCUGCAUGGCAGGAGUUUGACAGCCAGCAGAGGGCAGUGCAGGAGUUUGUUACCAGAGCCCGCUCUGUCAUUGACAGAGACAUGAACUUCAGCAGCCCAGAGAGCUUGGCUACAGAGCGGGACCAGGCCCGGGUCCUUCUGAAGCAGAGUGAAGCAGAAGCUUCCAAAGUGAACAGCUUGUUAAGGAAAGCAGCAGAGAUCCAGCUUGGCCCAAAGAACACAACCCUGCUCCAGGAUCAGGCCCGCUCCCUCAGUGAACAACUGGACAAAGCAGAGGCUGGCCUCAAGAAAGACGUCAAAGCUCUUGAUGGGAUGAAGACUCAGUGGGAUCAGUUUGGGACAGAGUUUGAGGCGUUCUCCUCAUGGAUCUCUGAGAAAGAGAAAGAGCUGGAUGCUCUAAAAAGUUUGACGGCUCCACUUGAUCAGCAGAUCAACACAGUUAAGGCAGUGGGUGUCGAGCUGGGAGACAGGGCGGAGGUCUUGUCCAAGCUAGAGGCAGACUCCCAGGCCUUGGCCCAGUUCAUUUCCCCUGGGGAAGCAGCCCGCAUCAAGGCCCGGCUCACCCAGAUCGGCAGGUACUGGGAGGAACUGAGAGAGAGUGUGGAACAGCUGGACGCACAGCUGCAGGAGAGCUCUUCCACACAGCACCGCUUCAAUACCAGUCUGGAAGAGGCCCAAUCAAGUCAUGGUGAUCUCUGUGAGAAAUUGGACCAACCUGUCACCUCCUGUACCUCCUCGACAGAGACCUACAAAGUUCUCCAGAACCACAUGGAGGUGUCCCAGAGCUUGGAGCGACUGAAGGCAGCCUUGUUGUCCCUGUCUGCUGGGGCUCGUAGGCUCAGCAACAGAGAGCAGGCAGAAAGUGCCCUGGCAGCUCUACAGACCAGCUACGACCAGAGCCUACGACAGGCCCAGGACAAACAGAACACACUGGAGAAGCUCCUGUCUUUGUGGCAAAAGUAUGAGAAGGACCGUUCCAGCUUUGUAUCCAGCUUGGAGAGAUGUGAGUCUACAUCCAAACCUGAGAGUCACUGUCUCCCUGCAGAUAAAGCCAAGCUACAUAGUGAGCUGCAGGAUUUGCAGAGCUUGCAGUCUGAAGUGGUGUUGCUGGAGUCCCUCCAUGCUGUCCUGGUAGCGUUAGGGACAUCCCUUUACCCCACUGCCCCAGAGGAGCGGGAAAGGCAGCUCAAAGAGGACCUGGAGCUGCUGAAGAAUAGAUGGAGCUCCCAGAAUGACCUAAUCCCCAAAAGAAUCCAGGAGCUCCAGAGCCACCUCUCUCAGGUGGACGAGUUUGACCAGGCUCUGCAGAGGUUCUGUCAGUGGAGUGAGGCAUUCCUCUCCUCCCUGCACUCAGCUUCCCAGGUCAACAUCACUGACAUUCAGCCCUCUGUGACCCAAGUCAAGGAAACGCUGGCUGCACUGCAGAAGCAGAACAGUGUAAGGGAGAGUCUAGAGCUCCAGACACAGAGACUGUGUGCAUCGUGUGAACCCCAUGAUGCACAGCUUCUUCAGGGAAGACAGGGGAGCUGCCUACAGCCCUACCUGGAGGCCCAGCAGCUGGUUGAGCUCCGGGUGGACUGCCUUGAUAAGCUUGAAGCCUUCCUGGAGACCCACCGUGAGGCUGCAGGGGCACUGCGAGUCCUGAGGCAGACAGUGGAGGGCGCCGGGAGCUGGGACCGAGGGCGCGUGGAAGAGCUGCAGCGAGAACUUGAGACCGUUGUCCCAGACAUCAGCGGACUGGAGACCCAGGCAGCCGGCCUGGACAGCAGCCUCUGUAAAGGCCACCUCCACAUGGUGAGUGGUGUGGAGGAGUCCUGGUCCCGGACAUCGUGUCGGGUUCUGGCAGACGGUCUCAGCGGGGAGCUGGACAUGGUGAGGAGCCUACUAGGAAACAAGCAGAGUGAAGCUGAGGCUUUGGGAGCAAUGUGGAGCUCCUUUAGGCAGAGGAAGGAGCAACUGCUGAAGAGCGUGGAGGACAUUGAGGAGAAGGCUGACCACCAGAUCCUUAGAGAGCCUAGCCCAUUAGCACUGCAGCAGAGGCUCCGGUUCUUCAACCAGCUGGAGGAUGAGCUUCAGUCUCACCAACAUGAGGAGCAGUGGCUCAGGGACAAGGGUCAACAACUAGCUCAGAGAGAUCCAGAGCUGGCUGGGGAGGUUCUGCGAGAAAUCAGCCUCCUGGAAACCACCUGGGAGGACACCAAGAGACUCAUCACUGACAGGCAGGAACAAUGCAGCAUUCUGGUAGAACUGAUGAGGGAGUACCAGAGCCUAAAAUCGUCUAUAACCACCAUCUUGGAGAACACUGAGGGUAUGACUGACAUCGGCUCUGCUCUGACUGACCACGAGGAAACCAAGAGACUGCUUUCUAAGCAUGACACAGUGAAGGCACAGAUGUCAGCCAGGCAGAGUGAGUUGGACCAGUUCUCCAGUAAAGGCAAACAGCUGUUGAGUGAGUUGAAAAAAAUCCCAGACUGUGAGGCCCAGCUGCUGAAAAAGGAUAUGGAGACACUGGUGGACCUGUGGCUGGAUGUGUCGGAGAGGAUCGAAGACAACACUGAGUGUCUGAGCCAGAGCCUUGCGUUGUGGGAUGACGUACAGAAGAUUGGUGAGGAAAUCGAGGGCUGGACCACCAGUUCAGUGACGGAACUCAGUGAGAGCCUGAACAAUCUUAAUGACAGCCAGAGAAUGGAGACAAGACUAUCUGCUUUACAGGUGGAAAUGGUAGAUAAAGAGCAGAAGCUUGUGACCCUGCAAGGUAAAGUGUCCGAACUGAAGCAGCUCAGUCACAGCCAGGAGACACCUGCUAAACUACAGGUGCUUGAGGCAGACCUGAUGAAGAAGAUGAACCAGGUGCAGAAACUGUGUGAGCAGGCCAAGGGCAACCUUCAGGAUUUCAGCUCCCAGAGGAAGCAGCUCGAAGACUACAUUACCCAGAUGUCUGAUUGGCUAAAAAACCAAGAGCAGUCCCUGAUGAGCUCACAGAUUGGCUUUGAUCCAGAAGACAUCUGCAGAGUCAAGGACCUCCAGAAGGACCUUCAGAACCAGCAGGGAAGCAUAGAUUCCACCAGGGAGAGCCUGAAUACUCUGUGUAGGAAGUACCCCUCAGAGGAGCUGGCUGGGCUGGGUAGUGGCCUGACUGACGUUAUCAAAAGCUAUGAGUCUGUCAACCAGCUGUCCUCCAGGACCCUGACCUCCCUGCAGCACGCUCUGCAAAAACACUUCAAUGACCUGGUGCGCGAGUUCCAUAGCUGGCUAUCUGGGCAGAAGGAAGUAGUGAAGGAGUGUUCUGACAGGUCAGGAGACACCAGCAUCAUUGAGCGCAAACUGCAAAAGCUAAAGGGGGCUCUGGAGCGUGUGGAGGAGGGGGAGGUUCGUCUGACUCAGGUUUGUGAAGAAGGAGAGAAGCUGCUGCUCCACCUCCCCAAGGCCAGUGCUGGUCAGGUGCAGCACCACCUCUCCUCCAUCCAGCAGGACUGGGAUCACUUCAUAGAGCAGUGUCGACUCAACCAGCAGGCCCUGGAGGAUACCACUGCCCAGCUCAAUGGGUUUGAUGGGCGUCUGAAGAGGCUAAGGCGGUGGCUGGAGAACAUGGAGCAGAGGCUGACCACAGACCUGCCAGAGGGGAAACACAGCAGUCCUGAGGUCACACUAGACGUGGUGGAGGAAUACCACCAGGAGGCGCUCAAGGAGAGGGACUCGUUCGAGCGACUGUGCCAGGAGUCGCAGGUGCUAAAUGAAGGCGGCCGGGGUGACGGUGGCGAAACACGGGUGGCCGCAGGGCUGCAGUCUCAGCACCAGGCUCUGCUGCGGAGGGUCAGGGAGAGGCUGCGCAGCUGCCAGCUUACCCUGCAGGAACGCCAGGCAUUUGAGGAGACCGUGCAGAGCACCUGGUCCUGGCUGAACGGGGUUCAGGAACGACUGGGGAGCCUCAACAGCACAAUGGGGAACAAGGAGACGCUGGAGAAGAGGCUAGAGCUUGUACAGGACAUCCUGCUCAUGAAGGGUGAGGGUGAGGUGAAGCUGAACAUGGCAGUAGGGAAGGGUGAGCAGGUCCUGAAGCUCAACAGUAUGGAGGGACAGGAAGCCAUCCACUCCCAGCUGCAGAACCUGAAGGACGCCUGGGCUAACAUGCUCAUGACCUCCAUGAGCUGUCACAGUCGUCUGGAAUGGACGGUAGCCCAGUGGAGUAGCUACCAGGAGAGUAAGGGCCAACUGCAGCAGUGGAUGGAAUGUGUAGAGCAGGAGAUGGGUCCGGCCCUGGCCCAGCAGCCAGGCCUGAAGGAGAAAGUAUCUCUCCUGGAGCGCCUCAGGGCCCUGCAUGCUGAUGUGGAAGCCCACGCUGCACCACUGGCCAGGCUGACAGAGAAGGCUGCAGAGCUGCAUGAGAAGACAGGCGACCAGGCCUUCGGAUCAGAGCAGAGAAUGGAGCUCAAUACGCACUUUGCUGACAUCACCGCGGUUGUCAAGAGUAAGGUUCAGACCAUGGAGGACAUUGUGUCAGAACAUGAGCACUACCUGGAAGCUGUGAGGGACUUCAAUGACUGGCUGACCUCUGCCAAAGAGGAGCUCCAGCGCUGGUCUGACCUGUCAGGAGACUCCAGUGCUGUAAAAAGGAAGCUUGCCAAAGUUCGGGAGCUGAUCGACUCCAGGCAGCGUGGCCGAGAGCGUCUGAACCGAGUGCAGCACUGUGGCGCUGCGACAAGGGACCACACCGGCUCUGUGGGCUUUGAGGCCGUGGAGAGGGAGGAGGCCGCCCUGCUGUCCGCCUGGGAACAGUGGGAGCGCGGGGCUCUGCAGACCAGGGCGGACCUGGAGACGGCUCUCUCUCAGCUUGCCAGCUCAGAACAGGAGUUUAACUGCCUGGCAGCUCAGCUGGAGCAGGACCUGCAGGGGUUUAGCGGUCGUCUGCAGGAGUGGAGGAUCAGGCUGGCUCAGGCUGAGGGGAAGAGCAGUGGGGAGGAGGCUGUGCAGGGCUGGCAGAUUGCAAAGGACACACUGGAGGGUCUGGUCAAAGUAGAGCCCAUGUCAGACAGUUUGAAGUCCCAGCUCAACGACCUUUGGCGGUUCUCGAGAGACCUGGGUGCUCAGUCAGAAAGAGUGUCCUCCCUCAUAAAGGAAUACAACAGCCUGACCAUGCAUGCGUCCAGAGAAUGCCAAAGCAAAGAGAAGCUUCUAGAGAAUCGGUUCCGUGCUGCUUUCCGAGAGUUUCAGCAGUGGUUGGUCAACGCCAAGAUUAACACAGCCAAGUGCUUUGAUGUGCCUCAGAACCUCAGCGAGGCAUCAUCCAGUUUGCAGAGGAUACAGGAGUUCCUAUGUGAGAGGGAGCAGGGCCACUCCAAGCUGAAUGCUGUGGUGCUCAGUGGCGAUCUUGUGGUCAGCAUUGCUGCCCAAGACAAAGUGGAUGCUGUCCGGGCCAAAAUGAAUAGUGCCAGAGAGGACUGGAAGACACUGAUGUCCAACUUGCACCACAGGGAGACCUCUUUACAGAACCUCCAGUGUCAGAUGAAGGACUUUGAGGCGAGUGCGGAGCCUCUUCAGGAGUGGCUUUACGGGACGGAGGUUGCCGUACAGGAGAGCAGCACACGGCUCCACGACCUCACAGCCAAAAAGCAGGAGUUGCACAAGCUGCAGUCUGUGCUCGAGGAAUUAGCCUCUCAAGAGGUUCAGCUGAUCAGGCUCAAAGAGAAGGCCCAGCUACUGUGGGACGGGCACGUGUCCGGAAAGGGCUUUGUCCACCGUGUCUCGCAGCUUUCUUCUCAGUACCUAGCUCUAACCAACCUCACCAAGGAGAAGGCUUCCCGUAUCGACAGGAUCGUCACUGAGCAUCAGCUGUUCUCCCAGGGGCUGAAGGAGCUGCAAAACUGGGUGGCUGACACCAGUCACAUGCUGCAAACUUACUGCACCCCCACAGCAGACAAGAAUGUCCUGGACAGCAGGAUGAUCAAGCUAGAGGCUUUGCUGACAGCACGUCAGGAGAAGGAGAUCCAGUUGAAGAUGAUUGUCACUAGGGGAGAGUCUGUCCAGAGGAAUACCUCAGCAGAGGGAGUACCGGUAGUACGCAAGCACAUCCAGGACCUCAAAGACUGCUGGGAUGCCCUCCUUUCUGCCUCCAUACAAUGCAAAAGUCAGUUGGAGGGAGCCCUUUCCCAGUGGACAAGCUAUCAGGAGGACGUGCGCCAGUUUUUGGACUGGGUGGAGCGUGUUGAGGAGAGCCUGGACCCAACAGACAAACAGUGUUCCGAGCUGAGAGACAAAACUGCCAAGCUGGGUAAAGCAAAGCUUCUCUAUGAAGAGGUGCUGAGCCACAGCAGUCUUCUGGACACCAUCAGUUUGAAGGGUGCCAACAUGGCCGAACAUUACGUCACACAGCUAGAGCUGCAGGACCUGCUGGAACGAUACAACACCCUCAAGGAAAACGCCAAGAAUGCGGUGGGGAAGGCGGAGGAGCUAGUGCAAGCCCACCAGCAGUACCAGAGAGGCCUGCAGGAGUUUGAGGCGUGGCUGGAGCAGGAGCAAGAGAAGCUGGGCUGCUACACACAGCUAGAGGGGGAUGUGGACACCCUGGAAGAGACGCUACAAAGACUACAGGAGCUGCAAGUCCGGUGCACGGAGGGCCAGGCCUUGCUCAACACCCUGCUGGACAGUAGAGACCAGGUUGUGCGCUGGGGCGACCCCCAAAUCGAGGACCGCUUGCUGGAGACCACACAGCAGGACUGGAAGAUGUAUCAGAGUAAGCUGGGAGACACCAGGGCCCAGCUCAACAGUGCCCUGGCCAAGCUCCGCCAGAUGGAGCAGAAGUUUCAGCGUCUGGACAGCUGGCUGAAGAGCAUGGAGAGCAAAGGUCAACUACGAAGCCAUCGGAGGUCAGACCGCGCCACCAAAGAAGCUCAGCUGCAACUGAUUAAGGGUUGGCAGGAGGAGGUUCUGGUGUACCAGGAGGAGGUGGAGGGUCUGAGUGUUCUAGCCCAGCAGGUCAUUGAUGAGACCCACAUUAGCAGCCGGGUCAGCACUAGAGCCACCCAGCUCACCGCUCGCUACCAUGCCCUGCUGCUACAUCUACUGGAGAGCAUCAAGCAGCUACAGGAGGAGGUUUAUUGCAUUGAGGAGGCCCAGAGUGUGUUCAGUUCCUACUCAGAUUGGCUGAGUUCCGCCCAGAACAACUUUAGCACUGUGGCUAUCAGCAUCGAUGUAGUGGACCGUAUCACAAUGGAGAGGAAGAUGAAGAAACUGGAGGCUCUUCAGAGUGACAUGGAGCAGGGCCACAGUUUACUUAGGACGAUGCGUGAGAAAACUGAGCGAGCCAUGGCCUUCCUGGAGGAAUCAGAGGCAGACCAGCUAAGGGAGGAGGUGGAUGCUCGUCGCUCCCAGCUAGAGAGCCUAAUGGCUGGGCUCCGCACUGAACACAGCUCCUUGGAGAAAUGUAUCUCCCUCUCUAAAGACUUCCAAGACAAGUACAAAACCCAGGCUCAGUGGUUGGCAGAAACCAAGGCCCUGCUAGGGAUGCCUGUUGAACCCAAAGCUGAGCUCUAUCAGAAAAAGGCUCAGUUAGCCAAAUACAAGACAAUCCUGCAGACAGUGCAGUCUCAUGAGUCAGCGGUAAAAUCUGUGGUUGAGAAAGGAGAGGCACUGCUAGGAACCGUCCGUGACCCCACUAUCAGGGACAACAUAAGCAGAUUGCAGACAAACUACCAGGACCUCUGCACUGCAGCCAAGGGUCAGGUACAGAGUAUGGCGGAGUGGGUGAAGGACCAUGAGACCUACAACAGUGAGCUCCAGGAAGUGGAGAAGUGGCUCCUUCAGAUGUCCAGCAGGCUGGUAUCCUCAGACUCCAUGCAGACCUUCAGCAUGGAAACGGCCACACAACAACUGGCUCGGCACAAGGCUAUAAUGGAGGAGAUAGCUAGCUUUGAGGAGCGCCUGAACAGUCUGAAGGUUAAAGGAGAUGACCUGGUGUCCAGUUGCACUACAGAGCAGGUGCAAGCUAAGACCAGCCAGCAGGUUCAGGGUCACCAGCAGGGCACAAGAGACAGCUACUCAGCCAUCUGUAGCACGGCACAGCGCGUUUACCAAAGUUUGGACAAAGAGCUGCAGAAGCAUGUCAGCCACCAGGACACUCUGCAGCAGUGCCAAACCUGGCUCUCUACUGUUCAUCAGGAGCUUCAGCUGCAAUGUCAACCUCCCUCUGGCCUACAGGAGGCCCUCAAACAGGUGAAGCACUACAGAGCUCUUCAGGAACAGGCCAGUACAUACCUUGACCUGGUCUGUUCUGUGUGUGACCUGUCUGAUGAUGCUGUGAAGGUCACUGCUGCUGAGGUCCAGCAUGUCAAACACACGAUCAUGGAGAGGAUGUUGAACUCCCAGGAGCUGUCUGAGGGCUGGAGGGAGAUAAAGGAGCAGAAGCAAGAGCUGUCUGGUCUGUUCCAGGACAUGGAGCAGCAGCUCCUCAGUCUCUCCAGAAGACCCACUGAACUUGAGACCAAGAUUGCUGAAAACAUGCUUACCCAGGCCCAGGAGUUUAGCCAGCAGCUUCAGAAUAAACAAGCAACCUUAACCAGGAUGACGGAGAGUGUAAGUCGUCUGACUACGGGCCAGGACAGCCCAGAACAUGGGGAGAUAGGGCGCCUGAGCCACGCCUGGCUGGAGCUAUGUCACCAGGCUAGAAGACUCCAGGAGCAGAGAGAGGAGGACCUGCAGAGGACCCGGGAGUACCAUGACUGCAUCGCAGCCCUCGAGCGCCUGUUUGAGCAGGUGUCUAAGGAGUGGGACGGCCUAGCCAGGACUGAAGCUGAAAGUUCAUCAGAGUACUUGGAGGCACUGAAGAAACUUUCUGUGGAUCUGGAAAAGCAGAAGGGAACUCUGGAAGACCUUAAAGAUCAGAGACACAAGAUCAUCCACCAUCUGAAUUUGGAUGACAAGGAGCUAGUCAAGGAGCAGAUUGGCCACUUUGAACAACGCUGGGCCCAGCUACAGAGUCUCAUUGACAGAAAGAUACAGGACUCUGUGCUAACCUUGGAGGACAUGGCCCAGGUUGAGGCUCGUCUUAGAGAGGCCAGGGAGUGGGCUGAGGAGCAGCAGCCGACCCUGUCUAAAACCAUGACGAUGAGCCCUCCUCCAGAGCUGGCCCAAAGCUUCCUCUUUGACCACCUUAGCAUCUGUAGUGAGCUGGAGGCUAAGCAGCUGCUACUGUCGCAGGCCAUAACCGACGCUGACCGCGUCCUGGCUCACCUUGGGCUCAACGAGCGCCAGCGCCUACAGCAGCUAAUCUCAGACACCCAGACAGAGGUGGAGUCGCUGAGUGUAAAGGUGGCCCAGAGAAGGAAUCACCUCAGCAAGGCAUUCACAGAGAGAACACAGUUCCUCCAGGCUGUCAAUCAGUCCAUCACCUGGGUCCAGCAGAAUGAGAAGAAGACCCAAGCUGAGGAGUACAUUGCACUGCUGCCAGACGAUUUGGCCAAGCAGGUUCGAACCUGCAGAAACAUCCAGAGCAGCUUGAAGGCAUAUCAGAGCGAGCUGACCUCCCUGUGGUCCCAGGGCAGAGACCUGAUGAGAGAUGCCACACAGGACGAGAAGGUUGAGAUGCUUACCAAGCUUCAGGAGCUCCAAAAUAUAUUUGAAAAAGCCCUGCAAAAGUGUGGCCAGAGGCUACAUGAGCUGGAAAAAGUGCUUGUCUCCAGGAAGUACUUCAAGGCAGACCUGGAGAAAACAUGUCAAUGGUUGAAACAGGCAGACAUAGUUACCUUCCCUGAAAUCAACCUGAUGAAUGGGGACUCUGAGCUGAAUGUGCAGCUGUUGAAAUACCAGCAGAUAGUAGAGCAAGCAAUGGAAUAUGAAAAUCUACUACUGAUUGUCCAGAGAGCUGGUCAGGAGAUCCUGCCCACUCUGAAUGAAGUGGACCACUGUUAUUUGGAUGAGAAACUCAAUGCCCUCCCGCAGCAAUACAACAGCAUACUAGCUCUGGCCAAAGAGAAACAGGAGAAGAUUGAACAAGCCAUUCUAGCCAGACAAGAGUAUGCCUCUUUCAUAGACGUGACUCACAAAGCAUUAAAAGAGCUUGAGGAGCAGUUUCAUAACUUAGGGACCCAACCUGUUGGUCUGCAGACAGAAGAGGUUGUGAAUUUACAGCGAGACUACAAAGCUCUUCAAGUGGAUCUGUCAAAUCUUGCUCUGGCUGUCAGUGAACUAAACCAGAAGAAAGAAGGCUUCCGCAGCACUGGUCAACCCUGGAGGCCAGAAGAGAUGACCCAGCUGGUGAGCCUCUACAACGGGCUCAAGAGACUAAUUGAGCAGCGGGUGGAGCAUCUCGACGACACACUGGAGUCGUUCGAGGAUCACAAAGCCAUGGCCAUGCAGGUGGACUCGGAGCUGAAGGCCACCAAAGAACAACUGGUCAAGGUGAAUGCGGAGACCCAGUCAGCAGAGGAGAGGCUGAAGAACUACCACGCCCUGGCCGGGAGUCUCCAGAGUGCCAGCUCCCAUCUCUCCAGACUGGUGGAGCAGAUGGAUGACCUGGCUCCUCAGAUCAACCAGGCUGCACAUGAGGCCUCCAGAGAACAGGUGGUUUUGUGGCAGGAGGAGCUGCAGUCCCUGCAGUCCUCCGUGGGGGAGCUCAUAGUGGAGUGUGAGAAUAGGUUUGUCCAGAGUAAAGACUUUGAGACUGAGGUGAAUCGCACCCUGGAUUGGCUGCAACAGGUCAGGGAUGAGCUGGGCUGUGCUGUUGUCGUGGAUGUUAAAGUUGAGAAGGUCCAGGAAGAGAUCAGAAAGCAGCAGAUCAUGCAGGAGGAGGUCCAUUCCAGGCUGAGGAUUGUGGCUGCCCUGAGCAGCAGGGAAAAACAGAAGUACACCAGCGCCAACGAACUGGUCCCAGCCCACGUUGACCUGAGCUUGGAGGAGAUGGCUAAGCUACAGGCAGACGUUCAACAAGCCAUGAGCUCCAAACAGAUCACUCUGGAACAGGCCUUGGCGUUGUGUCAGAAGUACCACUUCCGGAUGCAAUCAGCGUGUGAGUGGCUGGAGGACGCGGUGGCCUUCCUACAGCUGGCCAGUCUUGGGGUGGAUGUAGAAAACUAUGAGGAGUGUCUCCGACAGCAGGAGGACAUUAUGGCCUCAGAGCAGGAGUUUCUUGCCCACCUGCAAGAGUUGGAGUCUCUGCCUCCCCAGCUGGAGAAUCUAGUCAACCCUACAGCCAAAGAACAGCUCAGGCUCAGUGUUGAGUCUGCUCAGCAAAGAAGUGUGGAAGUCCGUGAUCAGCUGCAGUGUCACCAGGAUGUUCUGAUCAGCUGUGUGGCUCAGUGGAAAUCCUACCAGGAGGCAAGGCAGACAGUGAUUGAACUGAUGAAUGAGGUGGAGAAGAAGCUGACUGAGUUUUCCACUGGCAAGGCUGCCACCUUUCUGGAGGCAGAGGAAAAGCUCAAGAGUCAUAGGUCUCUGGUAUCGAUGGUGAAUGGGUUCCAGGAGAAGCUGACAGGGCUGGAGGAGCAAGCCUCUCUGCUCGAGCUGGUGGGGAGCGACGCAAGCAAGGCCACAAUAAGCCGCUCCAUGACCACGGUGUGGCAGCGCUGGACCCGGCUUCGCAGCGUGGCACGAGGACAGGAGACGGUCCUGGAGGAUACAGCACAGGAGUGGAGGACCUUCAGAGACAAAAUGGUGAAGGUGAGGAACGUCACGGAAGAGCUUCAGAGCCGCGUCAUGGACUGUGCUUUGGAAAAGGCCUCCAAGGCCACCCUUCAGUCUGUGUUGGACCAGCAUGAGCUACUGAUCCAGGAUGUGGAGAGGGAGCUGUCCUCCCUCACUCUGCUUCGCCAGUAUGCCCUCAGCCUGCUCCACGAUGUGGAGGUGCCCUCACCAUCACCCACAUCCGGGCAGGAUGAACUGCCCAGUCUCAAGGAGAUCAGAGCAGUACAAGACCACAUGGAAAGUCUGCUGCAGCAGGCGCGGAACAAGCGAACCCAGGCUGAAAUGGAACUGAAGGACAGAGAGGAGGUGGAGAAGAACCUGAGUGUGGUCAAAGCCUGGAUCCAGGAGACCAGGGAGCUGCUCCUCAACCCCACCCCAGAUAUCGAUGCUCUGCUGCAGGAGCUAGAAGUGGUGCACAGUGAUGUCAUUGGGUACCGUCAGCAUGUGGAUAAGAUAGCAGAGCAGCAGCAGAGCAAGUAUCUGGACUUGUACACCAUCCUGCCCUCAGAGAUCUCCAUGCAGCUGGCUGAGGUGUCUCUUGCUCUGGGGGCCAUUGAGGACCAGGUCCUAUCCAAAGAGAGAGAAAUUCAGAAGACGAGAGACAUCAAGGAGGAUUUCAGUUCCAGGAUCCAUGACGUGUCAGAGAAGAUGAAAGCCAUAUCCUCCAGACUCAAAGACAAAGCCAGCGAUGUUGAUCAUGCUAAAGAUGAGACCAAAUGUCUUUGUGAUGACUUGGAGAGCUGUCGUCGGACUCUGUCAGAGCUGGAUGCAGCAGUCCAGGAGUUUGUCAAACGCAACCCUAUUUUGGCCAAACAGCUGAGUGACUCCAUCUCCAAGUUGGGGGAAAUCCAUCAUCACACGGCACGACUGGCUGAUUGUAGAACCAUCUGGCUCAAAAAGGCCGGGGCCCAUCUAGAUGAGUACAAUGAGAUGCUGGACUUCAUAAUGAGGUGGUCGGAGAAAGCCAAGGGCCUGGUGAGGGCCAACAUCAUCUGGAACUCCUCCCCACAUCUGCAGGAGCAGAUCAGAAUGUACCAGUCUGUUCUGCGUGAGUCCCGGGAGCUCCACUGUGACCUGCAGGCCAUGGGGGAGAAGGUGGAUCUGCUGUCUGAGGUGCUGCAGACAGAGAACAUGUCCCAGCAGGUGUGUGAGCUCAGCCGACACACCGAGGAACUCCAGCAGGAUGUCAAAACACGAUUACAGAGCCUAGAGGACGCAGCCAAGAGUAUGGAAUGCUUGGAAAAUGAGGUGAAGGCCCUGCACAUGGCUCUGGAACAGGUUCAAGCCACCCUGACCUCUCCGGAGCUGGCCAGACAGAGUCUGAAAGAACAGCUGGCCCAGAGACAGCGUCUGCUGUCCGAGAUGGAGGGCUUCAAGCAGCAGGUGCAGACGGUCCAGCUGUGUCAGAGUGUCCUGCGAGUCCCUGAGGAGGUGAUGCCAGGCCUGGCUAUCUGUCGCACAGCACUGGGUCUUCAGCAGGAGGCCAGCCAGCUGCAGCACGUCGCAAUACAACAGUGCAACAUUCUGCAGGAGGCGGUGGUGCAGUAUGAGCAGUAUGAGCAAGAGGUCAGGCACCUCCAGGGGUUGAUCGAGGACGCCCAUAGGGUGAUCCAGGAUCGACCCAUUGCCACCAGCAACAUCCAGGAGCUUCAGGCUCAGAUCCUACACCAUGAGGAGCUGGCCCAAAAGAUCAAAGGUUACCAAGAGCAGAUCUCCAGCCUGAACUCUAAGUGUAAGAUGUUAGCUGUGAAGGCCAAGCACACCACCAUGCUGCUCACUGUGAGCGACACUGAGGGAGCGGGGCUUACUGAUGAAGAGCUGGAUGGAGAGACACGAAAACAGUCUGUUGUCAUGAUGACAGCUGGCCGCUCGCACACCCUCCUUUCCCCUGUCACUGAGGAGUCUGGUGAGGAGGGCACCAGCAGUGAGAUGUCUUCUCCUCCUGUCUGUCGCUCCCCCUCUCCCAUUACUCACUCUCAGAUCGGACAAGGCACCCUCGUCAGAGCUCCUAUACAGGAGCUAUUUGACCCGACAUUUGAAUCUGUGGCCAACUUGGAUGACCUGCAGCGUUCCUGGGAGACAUUGAAGAAUGUGAUCAAUGAGAAGCAGAGGUCUCUUUAUGAGGCUUUGGAGAAGCAGCAGCGAUACCAGGGUUCCCUUCAGUCAAUCUCUUCUAACAUGGAAGCCAUUGAGGCCAAACUCAACGAGCCCCUGGACGGUAACAGGAGCACGGACAGUUAUUUGGAAGACCAUAAGCCAAUAAGUGAGGAGAUCCAGAGACUGCAGGAAGAGAUUGACAAGCUGCAGAAUAGCUUCUCAGAGGAGCUGGGUUCUGAUGCUGUGGAAUCAGACACGGUCAACCAGCUGGCCAUGCAGUCCACCCUCACUGUCCUGUCUGAUAGGAUGGCCACCAUACACAUGAAGGCCUCAGGGAAACGUCAGCUUCUGGAGGAGCGGGUAAAUGACCGUCAGGAGGAGCGGCGACAGGAGCAAGACCUACAGCGGUAUCUCAACCAGGCUGAUGAAAUGGACCAGUGGCUGCACAGCACUCGCCAAGCCCUGACUUCCUUCCUACAGCCUGGCCCAGAGGAGGACAAGGGGGACAUGGAUGAGCAGCUCAUCGACUGUCAGAACAUGCUGCAGGAGAUCGAGCAGAAGGUGGCGGCCUUGUCAGAGCUGACCAUUCGGAGCGAGAGCCUGCUGCUAGAGGGGAGGCAGGAGACCAGGAUGGACAUGAGGGAGGACGCUGAGGAGCUGGCCAAGAAGCUGCGUAUGCUGAAGGGAAGUCUGACGGAUCUCCAGAGGAUACUGCAAGACAAACACGUCAACAUGCAGAGCUCUGUGGAGGAUCAGGGGAGCGGUGAGUCCGACUCCAGCCCGCCUCAGGGGCCCAGUGUACAGGACUGGCUGGUCCAGGCCCGCACCACACGCUCACAGCACCAUCAGGACAGCCUCCAGAGACAGAGGGAGCUGGAGCAGCAGCUAGCUGAGCAGAAGAAGCUGCUUCAGUCAGUGGCCAGUAGAGGAGAGGAGAUCCUGACCCAGCAGGCCUCACCCAGCAAUGUCAGUAUGACGGAGCCCUUCUCUCCGGAGGUACUGCUGCAGACAGAGACCCAGGCUGCCCAGGAACAGAUGAGACAGAGGUGGGAGAGUCUGAGGAGAGAACUGAGAACCAAGCUACAGCUCCUACAGAAAACCCUGGAGCAAGACCACAAGCAACCGGUAUACUCCAGAACAGCCAGAGUGACCAACGCUGGAACCCUGUUUAAAGGAGAGACAGAUAAAGCUGAGGACAAGUCUUCACUAAAGACCUUAUAUGAUUGUUUCAAAAAGAUGAUGGAGGUGAUGUCUCUUACACAUACUGGGGUCUCUGAAAGCCAGGUGAUCUCCAUGGAGCAGCAGCUCUACCAGGCCAUUUCAGCCACCUCCGCUUGGUUGGAUGAUGUGGAGAACACCCUCUUCUCUGGUCCUCUGCUGCUGGCUGAGAAUGCUGAGACACAGCUACAACACCAAGAGGCCUUAGGGAAAGAUGUGACUGAGGUGACUGAUGAGGUGAGCCAUAGUCGGGGUCUCCUUGGCCAACCAACAGGGAUUUGUGGGGGGGACCAGGCACUGAUAGAGGAAACGCUGGACUGUCUGACAGAGAGGCUGGGGGCACUGGACUCUGCCUUGGGGAGACGCUGUGAACACAUGAGGAGCAGGAUGCAAGAGAUCACAUCCUACCAGACAGAGUCACAGCUUCUGCUCACCGAUCUCACUGACUCAAAGUGCCAGAUUCAUCAGACGUUGGCAGGAGCGACAGAAAGACCGGCCUCCAAACAACUUGAGGUCAUACUCGAGGCUGAGGAGGGUUUGAGACAGUUUGAGCAAAGGAUUUACCAGCUCAAAACCAAAGGAGCAGAGCUACAGGCGGACCAGAUCUCCACCAAUGAACUGCUGAAGUUACAGGAUGCCUAUGAGGAGCUGGUUAUGACGGUGGGUUCGCGGCGUAGCGGCCUGAACCAGAACAUGGCUCUGAAGGGGCAGUAUGAGAGGGCUCUACAAGAUCUUGCUGACCUGGUGGACACCGCUCAGGACAAGAUGGCCACCAACCAGAGAAUCAUUGCUAUUUCAGUGGAGGAAGUUCAGGUCCUCCUGGACAAACACAAGGAGUUCUUCCAGGGUCUGGAGUCCCACAUGAUCCUGACAGAGACGUUCUUCAGGAAGAUCAGCAGCCUGGUGGGUCCCAGGGAGAACCAGGCUCUGGAGGAGACACUGGCCCAGGCCCAGGGAGUCCUCAAACAGGCCCACAGGCGGGGGGUGGAGCUGGAGCACAUCCUGGAGACAUGGAGCCGUCUAGAACAGGACUACCAGGGUCUUUGCCAACAUCUGGAGACGGUGGAGGGCAGCAUCCCCACGGUGGGACUAGUGGAGGAGACUGAAGAGAGGCUGAAGGAGAGGAUCUCACUCUAUCAGAGUCUGAGGGGUAGACUGAUGGAGCACCAGCACAAGCUGUACCAGGUCCUGGAUGAGGGGAAGAGGCUGAUGCUGUCUGUGUGCUGUCCUGGCCUGGAGAACCAACUGACAGCGCUAGGGGAACAUUGGCUCAACAACUCCAAUAAGGUCUGCAAGGAGCUGCAGAGACUGGAGGGCGUCCUCAAACACUGGACCAGUUACCAGAAGCAUUCUGCUGAGCUGAAUGGCUGGCUGCCGUCUGCUCUAGAACGUCUGGAUUUCUGGAACACACAGGCACUGUUAGUUCCACAGGAAUUGGAGACCAUCCGGGAUCAUCUCUAUGCAUUCCUGGAGUUCUGUAAAGAAGUGGAGACGCAUUCGUCUCUGAAGUGCUCUGUGUUGACCGAGGGCAACCAGCUCCUGAGGCUUAAGAAGGUUGACACUGCAGCCCUGCGUUCUGAUCUGGCCCGCGUGGACUCACAAUGGACUCAACUGCUCACACGUAUCCCAGUGGUGCAGGAGAAACUACAUCAGCUGCAAAUGGAGAAGCUGGCCUCCCACCACGCCAUCUCAGAGCUAGUCAACUGGAUGUCUCUUAUAGAGAGGGUGAUCAAAGAGGAUGAGGAGAACAUGAAGGGGGCGGUAGGAUCAACUGUCAUCCAAGACUACUUGCAAAAGUACAAGGGAUUCAGAGUGGAUGUGAGCUGUAAGCAGCUGACGGUGGACUUUGUGAACCAGUCCAUGCUCCAACUCACGGGUCAGGAUGUGGAGUGCAAGCGCAGCGACAAGACAGACUUUGCAGAGAGGCUGGGAGUCAUGAACCGACGCUGGCAGAUACUUCAGGGACUCAUCAUGGAGAGGGUUCAGUUCCUUGAGACUCUUCUGGAAGCCUGGUUGGACUACGAGCGCAACAUACAGGGCCUAAAAACCUGGUUGCUGACUCAGGAAGAAAGGCUGAAGAGAAAGCAUAGGAUAGAGGACCUAACCUCUGUUCAACAGGCUUUUAAAGAUUGCCAGGAGCUGGAGGAGAUGGUGAAGGAAAAGGAGGGUGAGGUGGAGCGUGUGGAGGAACAGGCCUGUGCGCUAAUCCAGAACAAAACCGACGAGGCCUGUGCUGUUGUCAUGGAGACGCUCCAAGCUGUCAAUCACUCCUGGGCUAACCUGGACCACCUGAUUGGUCAAUUGAAGAUCAGCCUUGUGUCAGUGCUGGACCAGUGGAGUCUGUACAAGCAAUCCUCAGAAGAGAUGAACGGCUACCUGAUGGAGGGCAGAUACUCUGUGUCCCGCUUCCGCCUCCUCACCGGCUCCCUGGAGGCUGUUCAGCUACAGGUGGAGAGUCUACAGAACCUUCAUGAAGACCUGGAGAAGCGGGAUGGCAGUCUGCGGAGGUUUGGCUCUGUCACACACCAGCUCCUGAAGGAGUGCCACCCGUCUGUGUCCAGUUCGCUCAACGAUACCCUGAAAGAUAUCAACGCUAGGUGGAGCUGUCUGCUAGAGGAGAUCUCAGAGCGACUGAGGAGCAGUAAAGCUCUGUUACAGCUCUGGCAGCACUACAAAGAGUUGCAUGGACAGAGCUGCUCCAGCAUCCAGCUACAAGAGGAAAAGGCUAACCAGCUACUGGAGACGGCCUGCAACAAGGACAUCACAGAUGAGGAAGUGUCUACCUGGAUCCAAGACUGCAGUGCGUUGCUGCGGGCUCAGGCUCCUGUGCAGGCAUCUCUACAGGUACUCCAGGAGCUGGGAGAUCAGCUGAAGCAACAGGUGGACACCUCAGCAGCAUCCGCCAUCCAGUCAGACCACCUCUCUCUGACCCAGCGCCUGGCCACCGUGGAACAAGCCCUCAGCAGGCAGCUGAUCACCUUACAGACAGGAGUCCAGGACUAUGAGACCUUCAGUGAGCAACUGGACCAUUUGGCUCACUGGAUGGUAGAGGCAGAAGAAGCACUGAAGGUCCAUGAUCCCAGUAGUACUUCUGACCUGCCUGUCAUCCAGGAUCGCAUGGAGGAACUCAAGAGACAGAUCCUGAAAUUCAGUAGCAUGGCUCCUGACCUGGAGCGUCUGAACGAGAUGGGCUACAGGCUUCCUCUUAAUGACACUGAGAUCAAACGCAUGCAGAACCUUAACCGGAGCUGGUCGUCUGCCAACUCACAGACCACAGAGAGAUUCAGCAAACUGCAGUCGUUCCUGCUGCAGCAACAGACCUUCCUGGAGAAGUGUGAGACUUGGAUGGAGUUCCUGGUCCAGACGGAGGAGAAACUAGCUGUGGAGAUCUCUGGGAACUACCAGACUCUGAUGGAGCAGCAGAGAGCACACGAGCUAUUUCAGGCAGAGAUGUUCAGCCGCCAGCAGAUCCUUCACUCCAUAAUCAGUGAUGGCCAGAGAAUGCUGGAGCAGGGACAAGUGGAUGACAGGGAUGAAUUCAACCUGAAGUUGACGCUGUUGAGUAACCAAUGGCAAGGGGUGGUGCGGCGCGCCCAGCAGAGGCGAGGGAUCAUCGACAGCCUGAUCCGCCAGUGGCAGCGCUACAGGGAGAUGGCAGAGAAGCUAAGGAAAUGGCUGGUUGAGGUUUCCCACCCUGCUGAGGCCCUGCAGGCCGGGGAGCCCGUCGCCCUGCAGCAGGCCAGGUCCAUGCUGGAUGCCGUUCAGCUGAAAGAGAAGGUCCUACAGAGACAGCAGGGCUCUUACAUCCUGACGGUGGAGGCGGGGAAGCAGCUUCUUCUAUCUGCCGACUGCAGGGCAGAGGUGACUCUGCAGGGAGAGCUCACAGACAUCCAGGACCGAUGGCGGCACGCCAGCGUCUGUCUGGAGGAACAGAGGAGGGAGCUGGCCGACCUGAUAAAGGACUGGGAGAAAUGUGAGCGAGGCAUCGAGGGUUCUCUCGAGAAGCUGAGGGCAUUCAAACGGCAGCUCUCUCAGUCGCUACCCGAUCACCAUGAGGACCUGCAGGCUGAACUGAUGCGCUGCAAGGACUUGGAGAACACAUUCGAUGGCUGGACAGAGGACCUGGCCCACCUGACCGUGCUGAGGGAGUCCCUGUCCAGCUACAUCAGUGCCGAGGACCUGUCUGUUCUACAGGAACGCAUAGAGCUGCUGCACCGCCAGUGGGAAGAGAUCUGUCACCAGCUGUCUCUGCGGCGGCAGCAGGUGAGUGAGAAGCUGAAUGAGUGGGCCGUGUUCAACGAGAAGAACAGGGAGCUGUGUGACUGGCUCACCGACAUGGAGAGCAAGGUCUCCCAGAAUGGGGACAUCAGCAUUGAGGAGAUGAUCGAGAAGCUACGCAAGGACUACCAGGAGGAAAUAGCCGUGGCUCAGCAGAACAAGGUACAGCUGCAGCAGAUGGGUGAGCGGCUGGCCAAAGCGAGCCACGAGACCAAGGCCUCCGAGAUUGAACACAAACUCAGCAAGGUUGGAGAGCGUUGGCAGCACCUCCUGGACCUAAUCGGAGCCAGAGUGAAGAAGCUGAGGGAGACUCUGGUGGCAGUCCAGCAGCUUGACAAGAACAUGAGCAGUCUGCGCUCCUGGCUGGCCCACAUAGAGACUGAGCUGUCCCGACCUAUUGUUUAUGACACCUGUGACUCCCAAGAGAUCCAGAGGAAACUGGACCUGCAGCAGGAGCUUCAGCGCGACAUUGAGAAGCACAGUACAGGUGUGGCGUCCGUGUUGAACCUGUGUGAGGUGCUGUUGCACGACUGUGACGCUUGUGCCACGGACGCCGAGUGCGACUCCAUCCAACAGGCCACCAGAAGCCUGGACCGCCGAUGGAGGAGCAUCUGUGCCCUGUCUAUGGAGAGGAGGCUCAAGAUUGAAGAGACCUGGCGAUUAUGGCAGAAGUUUUUAGACGACUUUGCACGUUUCGAGGAGUGGCUCACGACUUCAGAGAACACUGCUGCUUUGCCCAACUCUUCAGGUGUUCUCUACACAGUGGCCAAGGAAGAACUGAAGAAGUUUGAGGCGUUCCAGCGCCAGGUCCAUGAGAGCCUGACCCAGCUAGAGCUGAUCAAUAAGCAGUACCGUCGUCUGGCUCGGGAGAACCGCACCGACUCCUCCUGUCGUCUCCGGGAGAUGGCCCACGACGGCAACCAGCGCUGGGACAACCUGCAGAAGAGGGUGGCCUCCAUCCUGCGCAGGCUGAAGCACUUUAUCAGUCAGCGGGAGGAGUUUGAGACGGCCCGAGACAGCGUCCUGGUGUGGCUCACCGAGAUGGACCUGCAGCUCACCAACAUAGAGCACUUCUCAGAGUGUGACGUCCAGGCCAAGAUCAAACAGCUCCGGGCGUUCCAGCAGGAGAUCUCGUUGACCACGGGGAAGAUCGAGCACAUUUUCCAGCAGGGCGAGUUGCUGAUUGAGAAGUGCGAGCCUCUGGAUGCUGCUGUGAUAGAGGAGGAGCUGGAGGAGCAGCAGAGGUACUGCCAGGAGGUGUUCGGACGCGUGGAACGUUACUACAAGAAGCUCAUACGCCUACCGCUGACAGGAGAUGAGUAUGAUGUGUCAUUCUCGGACCGGGAGUUUGAACUGGAUGAACCCGGGGAUCUGUUCAGCAUGCCCUGGAGCGAGCGCCUGGGAGACUGCACAAUGUCCCCUCUACCUUCCCUCAGCCGCUCUGCGUCCCUGACUGCUCCUCUCCGGACUGGGGCCGAGUGUUCAGGCAGGGACACCCCAGCAAGCGUUGACUCCAUCCCUCUGGAGUGGGACCACGACUACGACCUAAGCCGGGGGCUGGAGAGCGCCAGCCGGGCCCUGGGCCUGGCCUCGGAACAGGUGGAACACGGAGACGAGGAGAGCUACCGGGAAUCUGCUUCGGCCCUGUCAGAUGUAGUGAUUCCAGAGAGCCCUGAGGCCUUUAUUAAACUCACUGAACAAACACUGAGGUCCUGUGAUGGAGAAGGUAGUGCCCUGGACACCCACAUCCUCCAGUUGGACAAGGUUCUGGAUACAAGCCGGUUCCACCUGCAACAGACCGAGAACAUCAUCCGCAGCAGAACCCCAACUGGGCCAGAGCUGGAUGCAACAUACAUGGGAUAUAUGCGUCUGCUGGGGGAGUGUCGGGGCAGCAUUGACACGGUGAAGAGGGUGGGCUACGAGCUCAAAGGAGAGGAGGACAAGGCCUCAGGACUCGCCGAUCCCAUUGGUGAUGAAUCCCAAACAACAGGUGUGAUUGAACGUUGGGAGCUGCUACAGGCUCAGGCCCUCAGUAAAGAGAUGCGCCUGAAGCAGAACCUCCAGCAGUGGCAGCAGUUCAACUCUGACCUCAACACUGUGUGGGUGUGGCUGGAGCAAGCAGGGGAGGAGCUAGAGCAGCAGCAGCGGCUGGACCUCAGCACGGACAUCCAGACCAUCGAGCUGCGCAUCAAGAAACUCAAGGAGUUGCAGAAGGCUGUUGACAAGCGGAAGGCAAUUGUGCUGUCCAUUAACCUGUGCAGUGCAGAGUUUGUCCAGUCUGUUACAGAGGAGUCCCAGAACCUGCAGGCCAGGCUGAAGGAGAUGAACAACCGCUGGGACAGACUGGGCAGCUCUCUGGGGGAGUGGAGAACAGCACUACAGAAUGCCCUCAUGCAGUGUCAAGACUUCCAUGAGAUGAGCCAUGGUCUUCUGCUGUGGCUGGAGAACAUUGACCGGCGAAGGAACGUAAUUGUUCCCAUUGACCCCAUCCAGGACAGCGACACCCUCCAUGAACACCACAAGACCCUCAUGCAAAUCCGUGGUGAGCUGCUGGACUCCCAAAGGAAGGUUUCGUCCCUGCAGGACAUGUCACUGCAGCUGCUGGUCAACAGCGAGGGCAGCGACUGUCUGGAGGCCAAAGAGAAGGUGCAUGUCAUCGGGAAUCGCCUCAAACUGCUCUUCAAGGAGGUGACCAGAGACCUCAAAGAGUUGGAAAAGAUUCUGGACAUCACCAGCAGUCAGCAGGAUCUGUCUUCAUGGUCGUCGGCUGAUGAGCUAGACACCACCUCUGGUUCCAUCAGCCCAGCAUCUGGCAGGAGCACGCCAAAUCGCCGACGAUCGCAACGGGGCAAAUGUAGUCUGUCACAGGACACUGGACCCUCUGUGAGCAGUCCACACAGACCGCACAGGUCACCCAACGCCGCUGGGUACGCUUCCUCCCCUUCUGAUGCUGAGGUGACAUCAUCGUCACGCUUCCUGUACCGAGUCCUGUGGGUGGCCGUGCCCCUGCAGCUGCUCCUGUUCCUCCUGUUGGUGGCCUUGGUCUGCCUGGUGCCAAUGUAUGAGGGGGAUUUCAGCUGCAGCCACUUCAAUAACUUAGCCAGUUCAUUCCACCCAAUGCUCAAAUACACCCACGGGCCCCCUCCUGUGUAGUCUAACAGAUGAAACAGUUGGCUCUGGGUGCCAAGCAAAGUGACCUCCUGUGUAUGCCAGCCCGGCUCUGGUGUAGAGAACUUAAAGAUGCUUUUGAACUUCAUGACAUUUGGGAGUUAUAUUUUAUGGUUCAUUCCUGCGUUACUUUGUCCUCAACAACAGUAUUGGAACUGCUUCAGUGCUCAACCACCUUGCAUCUUCCAUGAAGAAUAGAAAGAUGUGACAUGCAUGUCCGCCAUCUAGGACAUGUCUUAUGUGUGACUCUAGAGUACAGCAACUGUCUUAACUAAUAUUUUGUGGCUUCGAUUUGAGACCUUUGUACGUAGGCAAUUAAGCAUCUUUGAAGAAGCACAUGUAACAACCAAAUAAGGUUUUGGACUGCAAUCAGUGGAUAUCAACUGGAUGCUGGAAUUAUUAGGGUUCUACACACGCCAUUUGUCAGCUAGUUCAAAGGAGAAAAUAUAUAGCCUGUUGAACAUUUGUAAAAUAACAUUUUAAGAGUACCUACAGUUUAUUGCGGUUAUUUUUUUACAUAUAUUUUGGCAUGCAGUUAUCAUCUUUGAUUUAACUCAUGGUUGUGUCAGUGUUGAGUAGUUGAUUUUUUUGAAUUAUACUGUAACUGUGUGUAAGGAUCUAUUUAAUCUGAAAGUGGAUGUAAAACAACUGAAAUAAUCAAGGAGUAAUUUAAUAUAAACUGUUUAAACACAUACUGUAAGAAACCAUGUUCUUUAUGGAAUAAUGUACUGAACAGACUUUGUUGUUAUUUUUUUAACAAAAAAUAUGGAAACUGUCAACUUACUAUUAAUCUGAACUAUAACAAAUGUAUAUUUUCUAUUGCUCUGUGCGUUCAGUAUUACAUGCAUUAUCUAACAGUCCAGGAUUAUCUACCAUAAAAUAAAUGUACUGUAAAUGUAUAUAUAAUGUAUAUCUGACCCUAAAUCACAAAUAUUGAAUGCAAAAUUCUCA